GGUUCCGUCCCAGCACGGAAAUGUGCCAAACGGCGGUGUCACUGUUAUUAUGGAUUUAAAGCGACACUGCUAGAUUAGAGGACGACUUGAGCGCGCGCGACUUUUCGCCAUGUGUAACUGAACUUUCUGACGGAUGGACGCACGCGCUGGAAAUGGAGAGAGAGUUCGACCUCUGUUGUUAGUUCAGUAGCUCCGGUGCUCCGGUUGUUCAGAGCCAUGAGAAGCAGGGCGCUGGGGGUCAUGGGGGCUCUGGGGCGCCUGCUGCUGUCCCUCCUCCUGCUGUCCUGGGAGGGCAAGCUGGUUCAGGUUGGAGGGGUCAGAUCCGUCACCCUCCCAGAAUCCCUCCUGUUCAUCUCCACGCUGGACGGGAGUCUGCACGCCGUCUCCAAACAGUCCGGGGACAUCAAGUGGACCCUCAAAGAAGACCCCGUUAUCCAAGUACCUGUGUACCUCACAGAGCCGGGUUUUCUGCCAGACCCCAAUGAUGGCAGCCUGUAUGUCCUGGGAGGCAAAUACAAGGAAGGCCUGAUGAAACUGCCCUUCACCAUCCCAGAGCUGGUCCAAUCGGCUCCCUGCAGGAGCUCUGAUGGCAUCCUCUACACAGGUAAAAAGCAGGAUGUGUGGUUCGUGGUGGAUCCCGAGACGGGCGAGAAGCAGACCAGUCUGACCACCUCCUCCUCCGAGUCCAUCUGCCCCAACGCCCCGCUGCUCUACAUCGGACGCACGGAAUACAUGGUCACCAUGUUUGACACCAAGACCCAGGAGCUGCGUUGGAACGCCACGUACAACGACUACUCCGCCCCGCCUUACGACGACAAACAGGACUACAAGAUGGCCCACCUGGUGUCGAGCGGCGACGGCCUCGUGGUGACAGUCGACAGAGAGACAGGCGACGUCCUGUGGAGCCAGAACUACGGCUCGCCCGUCGUCGGGGUCUACCUGUACUCGGGCGACUCCCUGAGACACGCCCCUCACCUGUCCCUCGCCAUGGAGACGCUGCGCUUCCUCACCUUCUCCUCCGCCGACGAGCAGGAGGACGCACACGCGACGCUGAAGUGGAGCUACCAGUUCGUGAAGGAGCAGGCCAGCGCGCAGGCGCAGCUCAUACCCACCCUCUACGUGGGGAAGCUGGACUCCCACCUCUACGCCUCCACCUCCCUCGUCCACCACGGAGUCUCGUUGGUGCCUCGGGGACUGACCUUGGCUCGCAUCGAGGGACCGGUGACGGCCGGCGUGACGGUCAGCAAGCGAGGGGAGUGCGAGAUCACGCCGUUCACCGACGUGCGCUAUCCACCGGGGAGCACCAACAGCCGGAAAAACCACUGGCUGCUCAUCGGUCAUCACGAGCUCCCUCCGGUGGCUCACACCACCAUGCUGAGGGAUUUCCCGGUGGGCCUGCAGCGUUCCGGGGAGGCGGUCAUCCCCCCUCGCCCCGCGGCCUCGCCGGGCUCGCCGGCCUCCUACUACCACCGGCGCUACUUCCAGGCGGUCGCCCGUAGCCACGGCGACACCGAUGCCGACGGGGGAGGGGUCGACGGGAGGUCGACGGGAUGGGCCGCCGUGACGCCCGUCUACAUGACUCAGGACCGCCUGACUCUGGCGGUGCUGACGCUGCUGCUGGGCGGAUGGCUGGCGCUCGUGCUCACCUACCCCGUCCGUGCAGCCCAUCAGCUGAAGGCUCAGAGGCAGCUGGAGGAGGCGUUUGAGUCUCGUCUCCAGCGCAUGCAAACCAACAUGGUGACCUCUGCUGACCCCUCCGGCGACUCUCCGCCUCCGUCGAGUCCUCCCGCCUCAGACGUGGUUCAAAAUGGCGCCGGCGGAAACACACCCACAGCAGGUCUCUCAGAAGGAAGUGGCGAGGAGGUGCAGGUGGGGAAAAUCUCCUUCACGCCGGCCGAGGUGCUCGGACACGGCACGGCGGGGACCUUCGUCUUCAGGGGGAACUUCGACGGCCGGCACGUGGCGGUGAAGCGAAUCCUGCCCGAGUGUUUCGAGGUGGCGGAGCGCGAGGUGCAGAUACUCCGGGAGUCGGACGCUCACCCCAACGUCAUCCGCUACUUCUGCACGGAGAGGGACCGCCUCUUCACGUACAUCGCCAUCGAGCUGUGCGCCGCCACCCUGCAGCAGUACGUAGAGGAUCCGUCUUGCUUCCCUGAGCUGAAUCCCAUAACCCUGCUGGGACAGACCAUGUGUGGCCUCUCACACCUCCACUCACUCAACAUAGUGCAUCGGGACCUGAAGCCGAGAAACAUCCUCCUCUCCGGCCCCAGCGCGCUGGGUCGGGUCCGAGCUCUCAUCUCUGACUUUGGACUCUGUAAGAAGAUCCCGGACGGCCGGACCAGCUUCUCUUUACGGUCGGGAAUCCCGGGAACUGAAGGAUGGAUAGCGCCUGAAGUCCUGCGAGAAACCCCCGGCAACAAACCGACGGCGGCGGUGGACGUGUUCUCGGCCGGCUGCGUGUUCUACUAUGUGGUCAGCAGGGGGCAGCACCCCUUCGGUGAUUCGUUGAGACGGCAGGUCAACAUCCUCUCAGGAGAAUAUUCACUCUCACAUUUCAUGGAGGGGAGAAACGAUGACGUCAUAGCACAGGAUCUGAUUGAGCAGAUGAUCGGCGCCGAGGCGGCGUCGCGGCCCUGCACCGCCCAGGCGCUCAAACACCCGUUCUUCUGGAGCCCCGAGAAGCAGCUGCUCUUUUUCCAGGACGUGAGCGACCGCAUCGAGAAGGAACCGUCAGACAGUCCCAUCGUGGUCAAACUGGAGACGGCGGGCCGGGCGGUGGUUCGGACCAACUGGAGGAUGCAUAUCUCCGUGCCUCUGCAGACAGACUUGAGGCGGUUCCGGACGUACAAAGGGAACUCGGUGAGAGAUCUCCUGCGGGCCAUGAGGAACAAGAAGCACCACUACCACGAGCUGCCACCGGAGGUGCAGGAGGCGCUCGGCGAGCUGCCCGAGGGCUUCGUGGACUACUUCACCUCGCGGUUUCCACGGUUACUGAUGCACACGCACGCCGCUCUGCACUUCUUCUCCCACGAGAGGCUGUUCCACCCCUACUACCUACCCCCCCGACAGCAGAUGACCUGACUCUGCACACACACCGACGUAGUGUGUGUGUGUGCGCAGCAGCAACGGUGCCCCUCUAUUGCUUUUGUAAAGCCCGCACUGUUGAGAAAAAGUUUUUAUAUGGCUUGAGUUGUUUUUAUAGAUCCAUUGAAUUUUUCUACAGCUGUCGAUCAGGAAAGAUUAAAUUAGAAAGCACUCCUCCACUAAAGCUGCACACAUUAUUUAUAUUGAUGAUAAACUGUUUUUAAACUACAUCUUAAUGCGCAACUCCAUCAGAAGUUUUCUUUUGAAUGCAAUCAGGUGAUUAUAAUAAUAUUAAUAAUACUUUGAAUUUAUUUAGCGCUUUUCUAGACAUUAAAAAGACGCUUUAUACGAUUUUUAUUUUAUUAUUAUUAUUAUUUUAUUUUAUACAAUUAAACACACAUGUUAACAUAGUUCUGACUAUUAUAUUUCAUUUCUGCUAAUAAACCUCCAGAAAUGGACACAGAUUUUUUUCUUUUUUUACAGAAGGAGAGAGAGAAGAGUAAGACGUGCAACAAUCUAAUUUUUAAAAGUGUAUCUCGAACUUAGAUAAUUUAAAUAUAAUAUUACACUAAACUAAAAAGAAAAGGCAAUUUGUUUUAUGAUUAAAUUAAUAAAAAUAAAUAUAAAAUAAAUAAAAAAAGACAUUCACUCGCGGCCAAUUCCCUCUGACAGGAGAAUAUUGUGUAAGGGGAUGUUAUUAAUAUUAUAUUAUAUUAGCUCUGAAUACAUCUCUGCUGUGCUUCAGAUCCUCUGUAGGAAAAUAAUAUUUACUUCUCUCGUUUUGUUUUUAUGUAUUUGACAUGCGUGUCCGAAUGUAGCUUCGACUUUGAAGAAUGUGCUGAGGCGUGUUUUAUCACUAAAUAAUGAACAGUCAAAAAUCAUCGGCACUUUUAAAACGUGGCCUUCUCUAUUUUUAAAUUUGUAGAUAUUUCCAACAGAAAUGCAAAAUACCGCAUCACUCCUGAAUGUCGUUGAGCUUUUGAGAGUAAGGGAUGUGUGGAGCGGCUCCCUGUACCGGACGAAGGCUUUUCAUUGGUCCGCAGUAUGAUGAAUGAUGAAGAAUCCAAACUUUUGUACUUUUUUUGUGAAUGAGUGAAUUAAACUGAAGCUUUGGGUGUGCCAAAGAAUAAAUGAA